AUGACUGAAGAUCCGCACAUCUCCCUUGCAGACCUCCCAGAUGGCUCCCAGGUGCACAUGGACUUUUUUGAUUCCUCGUGGUUCCAGAAACAGAGUCCAACCCGUGCUCUUCCCUCUCCUGAAUAUGUGCGAUCCUUUUCAAUACCAGGCCAGCGACUUCGGCCUGUAGUAUUCGAGGACUUAGCCCUCAUCGUCAAACACGGGCCAAAUGUUUCCACGUCGGAAGCCAUAAGUCUUUGGGCAAUGCGAAAAGUAUUUCAUGAUCAAGUUCCAGUGCCGGAAGUGUACGGCUGGAGAGUAGUUGGAGGGGAGGGAAAGAUUCCUGAGGUCUUCAUCUAUAUGCAGCUCAUUCAUGGUCCUACUCUCGAGCAACGAUGGGACUCGAUGUCUCACGACGACAAACAAAUGGUGUGCGUGGAUCUCGAUAACAUCGUGUCUCAAUUCCGCAAACUCAAGCAGAACGGAUCGGAGCAAGUCAUUGGAUCACUAUCUCAAGGCGCUGCCCCAGAUCGAUGCUUAGAGUUUCUACCACUGCUCAGGCCUUUUUCUACUCGUGCCGUUUUUCACGACUGGCUCUCCUGGUUGUGGCGACGGCACGUUCCUGAUCCACAGAGUAUUGAGGAUCCUUGGAGGAAUCUACUUCCAGAUGAUGGGCCUAUAGUAUUCACACAUGGAGACCUCCGUCCAGCUAAUAUCAUCGUCAGCGCUACGAGUCCUGCUAGGGUCGUGGCGAUAGUUGACUGGGAGCAGGCUGGCUGGUAUCCUGACUAUUGGGAGUACUGUAAGGCCAGUUUCACUGCGGUAUACAACGGAGAAUGGCGUGCAUGGAUUGGUUCAUUCGUUGUACCACAUGAAGAUGCGUUGGAGGCUUUUGAUUUUUAUACUAAUACUUUGGGCAUAUUUUGA